AAAAAUGAUCGGUCGAACUGCAGACAUCAUAAGGAAUAGCUUGAAGUUAAACGCAUUGCAAAUGUAGAAGAAAUGUGAGAUUUAUAUUUAUUAUGCGAUUAUAGAAGUUAAUUUCUUUUUGUUUCAUAUUUUAUUUAAGGUAAAAUUAAUUUAAAAUCAAUAUAAAAUAUAUAACUUGAAAAUAGUAACCAAUAUAAAUAAUUCAUAACAUUCGACAAAAAUAAAAAAAAGAUAAAAGAUAUCCGGUACAAACAAUAUUCGUAUAAAUUUUAUGCGCUUAUUAACUCUUUUCUCUCAAGAUAUAUAUCUUCCAUAUAAUCGUUAAUCAUAUGUAAUCGUAAGACGUAACUACCACUGGUAACGGGAAACCGUUCUAAGGCUACCGCCUCAGCGAGUUCUCGAACUGUUCGACAAAAAUAUAACUCAACGAGAAAGAUAUUAGUUUGUCAUCGUAAAAAUCAUCUUUGGUCGUUUGUCUGUGAUCUUGCGCCUUUUCUUAUUACCAUUUCAAUACUCGUUGAACGAACUAUCGACAAAUAUUUUUCUUAGUUCAUUAUGCACUGUAUCGUUCUAAAAAGCAGCGUUAACGUUGAUGUUGUCGAGUUACUUUUGUGCGACAUUCUAGCCACUUUUUCCACUCGUACAAAAAAAGUACCGAAUAGGAAUAUCAAAAUUGAUUCAUUCCAGAGACAAGAGCAUAUAAGUAACUUAAAAUGCACCUCAUAUAAAUUGGAUGAAAGUUCUUAUCUUUAAAAUAAAACAGUAUACAAUACACAAAUACGUAUAAUCACGGAAAUAACGUACAUUCGACGGAAUUAAGGUUUAGUGGGCGCAACAGUAACCGCAACACCAAAAUCCCUACAAAAUUAGGAUUUCCAUGUUUUAUUGAUUCGAGUAAAGAAGUUAACUAUUUUAGUACGUAUUGUAUGAAAGAGAACAAAGCUUUUGUAUCAUUAUGAUACGAAAACAAUUAAAGCCGACAUUAAAACAUCGAGAAUUCAUAAGAAAAAAGCAUUUAAUAUUUCAUUUCUUCUUUAUUUUGUAUCUUCGUUAAGGAAAGAGACAUUGCAUGCGAUUGUAGCACCAUCGGCGGAUUUUUGAACGUGACAGUAGUGAAGUGGGGGCGCAAUGGAAGGUUCGCUGUAGUGAUUACGUCGGCAGGAGUGUUGACAUUUAUUUGAAGGGUACGGAAGAUAUGAAUAAGCGGAAAGGAAGAAGUUUUGGAAUAAUAACGAAUAGAUUUUUAUGACUCAUUUGUAUAUUGGAAUGUUUUAAUCAGUGCUGUUUGGUGUCUAUUUCAUGACUACAUGCUACUACAAAACUCGGUGCGCGUGAGGGCUUUGGCUCGAACUGCAACGCGCCAUAUUGGUUUGAGACAAUUGCUCGUGUUAGUGGGGGCCUGACUGAUAUAAGUUUUCUAUCAAACCAACGUAGAAUUAUUUAUUUCACGAUCAUGGAGGAGACCAAAAUUAUUUACCAUAUUGACGACGAAGAAACACCUUAUUUGGUUAAGCUGACUAUAUCACCGGAGAGGGUGACUUUGGCAGAUUUUAAAAAUGUCCUCAACCGACCGAAUUACAAGUAUUUCUUCAAAUCAAUGGACGAUGACUUCGGAGUUGUGAAAGAAGAGAUUGUAGAUGAUGAUGCGCAUCUUCCAUGCUUCAAUGGACGAGUAGUCUCAUGGUUGGUAUCUGCCGAGGGUAGUAAUGUAUCGGAUGGUGUUUCGCAUUGUACCGAUUCUGUAGCACAUAGCGAUGUAAAGCAUGAUCGUGUUGAUCAUGUAACACCAGGACAUACGAAUCGUGGUCCACCACCACUUUCGCAUGAUGAUACAUUAACAGAAACUGAAAGUAUUAUAAGUAGCCGACAAGGGCAUCAUUUACAUAAAAGUUCAAGACAUCAUACAGACAAAUAUGAGAAAUAUAACAAAUAUAAUGGAUUGCGAAUAAAUGGUCAUUCUAAACAUCGCUCUGGUCAUGGCUAUGAAACUGCCUCCAUAUUGAGCUCAGAUCUAGAAACAACAACAUUCUUAGAAUCGGAUGAUGAUGCAAGUAGUCGUAUUACAUCUACAACAGGUCGUCAUACUAAUAUGAGUAGUGCAGUUGACAGAGCAACUUUAGAUCGGCGUAGACCUCAAAGAAGAAGAAGACACAGAUUACCUCCUAUGUCUCGAACAUCUUCAUUUAGCAGUAUCACAGAUAGCACAAUGUCUUUAAAUAUCAUAACAGUUUCAUUAAAUAUGGACACUGUCAAUUUUCUUGGAAUAAGUAUUGUUGGGCAAAGUAACAAGGGUGGAGAUGGAGGAAUUUAUGUUGGAUCUAUAAUGAAAGGGGGAGCUGUAGCUUUAGAUGGCCGAAUAGAACCUGGUGACAUGAUUCUUCAAGUUAAUGAUAUUAAUUUUGAGAACAUGUCGAAUGAUGAGGCGGUAAGAGUUCUACGUGAAGUCGUGCAAAAACCAGGACCUAUCAAGUUAGUUGUUGCAAAAUGUUGGGAUCCAAAUCCGAAAGGUUAUUUUACUAUACCAAGAACAGAACCAGUGCGUCCUAUAGAUCCGGGUGCAUGGGUGGCACAUACAGCGGCUAUACGAGGCGAAGGUUUCCCACCUCGUCCACCAAGUGCUACAACAUUAACAUCUACAUCAAGUAGUCUUGCAAGUACUUUACCAGAUACAGAACGACCACUAGAGGAACUUCACCUUACCAUUAAUACAGAUAUGCCAACAAUAGUACGUGCCAUGGCACGUCCUGAUUCGGGUCUGGAAAUUCGUGAUCGCAUGUGGCUUAAAAUUACAAUUCCAAAUGCAUUUAUUGGGGCAGAUGUUGUUGAUUGGCUUAGCACACAUGUAGAAGGAAUUAUUGAUCGUCGCGAAGCUAGAAAAUACGCAUCAUUAAUGCUAAAAGCUGGAUUCAUCAGACAUACUGUGAAUAAGAUCACAUUUUCCGAACAAUGUUAUUAUAUAUUUGGUGAUCUGUGUUCUGCUAUGAGCAGCAUGAAAUUAGACUGUGACACGGUUGGACCUUUACCACCUCCUAAUGCUUGGGACAUGCCUUACUCAGGGACAUAUGCACCUCAUUCUGCGACUGGUUACAGUCCAAUGCCAUUUAAUUUUACUAAUGAACCAACUGUAUAUGGAUAUCAUAGAGAGGAAAGUGUUCAUAGUGGUUCAGGUGGUAGCAGUGCAGGUAGUGAACAUAUUUGUAAGGAACCUAUCCACGACUUGAAGUCUUGUUCUUCAGCAUCCGAAUCGGAAUUACAUAUCCCAUCUGUGCCAAGUAUGCCAAGUAAGAAUUCUGGUAAUGGGAAUGGUUCGAAUGGUAAAAGGUCAAAUGGAAGUCAUAGUCGAUCCAGUGGCUCUGAGCAAUCUGUACAGACAGGAACUGGUUCAGGAACUCAACAAAAUCAACAAGACUUAUCUGGACUGUCUACGACAAUGGGCCAACUAUUCCUUUAAAAUCAACACUGUAUUAUUCCAUGUACUGAACGAUUCACCAACUCUUGCCUUAAAUAAUCUUUAUAUGAUGAAGAAUGUGUAAAGUCAGGCAUUUGCCAAAUUUAUAAAGGCACAUUAUGCAAUAGUUGAUGCAUCGUUUGAUUAUUAUUAUUAUUCUUCUUAUUAUUAUUAUUAUUACUACUACUACUACUACUACUGCUACUACUACUACUAUUAUUACUAUUAUAUUAUUAUUAUUAUUAUUAUUAUUAUUAUUAUUAUUAUUAUUAUUAUUAUUAUUAUUAUUAUUAUUACUUUUACUACUACUACUACUAUUACUACGGCUACCACACUACUCUACUGCACUACUACUACUACUACUACCACUACUACGACUACUACGACUACCACUACGUCUACUACUACUACUACUACUACUACUACUACUACUACUAUUACUCUACUGCGCUACUACACUACUCUACUGCAUUACUACCACUACUACGACUAUUAUUACUACUACCACUACUACUCUACUGCACUACUGUACUGCAUUACUACUACUACUACUACACUACUGUACUGCAUUACUACUACUACUACUACUACUACUACUACUACUACUACUACUACUACUACUACUACUACUACUACUACUACACUACUACUACACUACUACUACUACUACUACUACUACUACUACUACUACUACUACUACUACUACUACUACUACUACUACUACUACUACUACUAUUACUACUACUACUACUACUACUACUAUUAUUAUUAUUAUUAUUAUUAUUAUUAUUAUUAUUAUUAUUAUUAUUAUUAUUAUUAUUACUAUUACUAUUACUAUUAUAUGUGUGACACAAACGCUUUUAUUUUAUUCCAAACAUCUGAAAUUAUCUGAAUGAAAAAAGCUGUUUACAACUGUAUUAUUUGGUAUAACACCAUAAAAGGUUCGAUAAUGUGUACAUAUAUAAGGUUAAAUCAUUAUUCUUGUAUUAAAUGUGCCAUCUUAUCUGUGUUAAAAGUGCAAGGAAACAACAAAACUUGUACACGUAUUUUUCAGGUGUAUGCACUUAUUAAUGAUACAUUGUAGUAAAUAUUUUUUUUAUAUAUCUGUAUAAUUUAUUUAUUAUACAUGUUCAUUUCAAAAGUUAUAUAUUCUCAGUACAAAAAAUGCCUUCUGCAUUUAUACAAGGAAACAAACAUGAUAGAAAAUAUGAUUUUGUGCAUACUCCUAGAACCGAAAUAUUGUAUAUAAAAUUGUGUUCACUUCCAAAUUAUAUUAUGACUGAUUCUUUUUCAUGCACUGCAUAGUAUUUAGAAUAUAUUUUCUCUUAAAAUAUAUGAAUUCGUUCAAUUGCUAAAUACGAGUGUGUGUGUGUAUAUAUAUAUAUAUAUAUAUAUAUAUAUAUAUAUAUAUAUAUUAUUGCAAAUUUUAUGUAUUUGUUGUUUUACAAUAAUAUGAAGAACAAUUUUAUAAAAUCGACCCUAUGCAAUUUUUCAAAUUUCAUUCCUAUGCUCGACUUUCGAUUUUAUUAUAAAAUAAUUUAUAAAUGAAAAUAUUUUCUUCAAUAUUAAUUAAAUAAAUUAUUAAUCUAAUUUGGAUAAACGUUAAUAAUUUUAAAUAUUGCAACUUGUCUGUAGAUAUACUUUGGAUACCCAUUAUAUAUGUAUUGUAUAUAUGAUAGAUAUAGAUACAUAAAAUUGCUUACUGAAUAAUAACCAAUGACAUGGUUAUACACAACACACACACGUAUAAAAAUUUGUAGAAGAUUUCAUACAUGAAUUGAUAAUAUGGUAGUUAAUAACGGUAAAGAGGUAAUUGUCAUCACUGUAACUUAUAUUGUAACUUAUAUGAAAAAUUGCAUAGUGAAAUUGAACGUUUUAAUUUAACAAAUUAUGCAUCCCUAUCUAUAUGUAUGUAUCGUAAAAACUAGUUACAAAAGUUCUUCGUCAAUAUUAUCAUACAACCAUCUCAUUAUAAAUCAUUGUAAAAUAUAAAAAUAUUUUAUGUUGCC